AUGAUUCGGGAAACACUUUAUGGAAAAAAGGUGCUCAUUGUACUUGGUGAUGUGCCUAACAAUUAUGAACUUUUAGCACUAUGGACUUAUAAUCAUUAUUGGUUCAGUAAAGGAACUGUAAUAAUCAUUACAACAAGCGAUGAAGACCUACUGAUGAACCAGCCGAUAGAUUCUAUAUUUCGGAUAGAGCGAAUGAACGCAGAGGAGUCCCUUGAGCUUUUUAGUUGGCACGCAUUUAGAGAACCAAAACCAAAGGAUGAAUACGAAGACCUUGCAAGAAGAGUAGUUAGGUAUUGUGGAGGUCUACCACUAGCUCUUGAAAUCGUUGGAAAGAUAAUAAAAGUAAGCAUCGAAGGUUCACUGAAUGAAAUGGAAAAAGAUAUAUUCCUUGAUGUAUGUUGUUUCUUUGUUGGUAAGAGCAAAGCCUAUGUUAGGAAGAUCUUAAAUGGCUGUGGAGUAGACGCUGAUAUUGGAAUAAGAGUUCUCAUGGAGCGUAACCUCAUCAAAAUUAACAAGAACAACAAAUUUGGAAUCCAUCCUUUGCUACAAGAAAUCGGAGAACAAAUUAUUCGUGAAAAAUCAGGAAACGAUCUUGGAAAGAACAGGCGACUGUGGCUUGAUAAGGAUGCAAAAUAUGGGACAGAAGCCUUGCAGUGGUUCCCUGUGAAACUGCCUUUAGUUAACAAUGGCUUCCAAGACGUACAACCGACU